AUGACGACUUUCUUCUCCUUUGAUCGAAGGGAAACCUCAAUUACAGUUACAAGAUGGGUUACACUCGCAAUUGCGAGCGGUGCAUUUGCGGCUUUGAAUGGAUUAUUCGCGAAAUUAACAACAACCGAAGCCACCGGAUCCGCAGCAAUCAAGAUUGCGCAUGCGUUGCAUCUACCUGACGGAAUGGUCGAAGCUAUAGUUCGAGCGAUAUGCUUCGGCCUCAACCUCCUCAGCAACUUCAUAAUGUGGGCUCUAUUCACACGCGCUCUAACCGCUGCGCCUUCCACGACCAAAGUAUCCAUCACAAACACAUCGGCCAAUUUCCUCGUUACUGCGAUUCUGGGCAUGAUUGUGUUUAAUGAACGUGUUGGUGGGCUGUGGUGGCUUGGAGCUGGGAUGAUGGGAGCUGGAUGUAUUGUUGUUGGCAUGAGGGAUGAGAAUAAGAAGAGCAUUAGUAGUAAUGCGCAAGGAGGCCCGGACGAAGGGGUACUAGACAAUGAAGAAGAGGGGGAGCGAGAACGAGAAGAGGAAGAAGAAGCUAUUUCGCUGCAUGAAGAAGGGUUCGAUGUUGCGGAUAUUCAAGAACCAUAUCGCGAUGAGGUCGCGCAGAGCGACCAUAGUGCGGGAGCGAACCAUUCGAAAUAG